AAAACCCCUUUGGAGAGAGAGAGAGAAAGAGAGAUGAGUCAAGCAUUAAUGAGUUGUGACCUGAGAGUACACCAAAUACGCUCAUAUGUAGGAAUACAGGGAAGAGAGAGAAGGAUGAAUCAUGCAAUUAAUUGCCAAUCUACUGUUACUACUUGUGAACUCAUGACAGUACAAUCUACAUACCCAUAUGCCGCUUUAUUAGGAGCGGAUAGAUAUAAGCGAAAGAGAAGAUUAAUAAUGACGCAAGCAGCAGCAAUUGAUCCUUCUUCCAGUAGUGGCAGUGAUAGCUCACGUCCUUUGGCAAAUUUCCCAUCAAAUGUUUGGGGAUACCAUUUCCUCUCCUACACUUCUGAACUAACAGAAAUUACUACCCAAGAAAAACUUGAACUUGAAGAGUUAAAAGAAAAGGUCAGGAAAAUGCUGGUGGACACUCCUGAUAAUAGCACACAAAAACUUGUGUUGAUAGACACAAUUCAACGAUUGGGAGUAGCAUAUCAUUUCAGUAAUGAGAUCGAAACUUCCAUUCAAAAUAUCUUUGACGCGUCCCAACAGAGUGAGAAUAUUAAUAAUGAUGACAACCUUUACGUUGUUGCUCUUCGUUUCCGACUUGUGAGGCAACAAGGCCAUUACAUGUCUCCAGAUGUGUUCAAGAAAUUCACGGGCCAUGACGGAAAAUUCAAGGAGUCUCUUACUAAUGAUGUCCAAGGAUUAUUAAGUUUGUAUGAAGCAGCACAUUUUAGAGUGCACGAGGAGGAGAUUUUAGAAGAAGCUAUUACCUUUACCACCACUCAUCUCGAGUCCAUUGUCCCCAACUUGACCAACUCGCUAAAAGUUCAAGUCACUGAAGCCUUAAUCUACCCUGUUCGCAAAGCUACACCGAGGGUGGUAGCAAGGAAAUACAUAUCCAUUUACGAAGACAUUGAUUUACACAACGAAUUGCUUUUGAAAUUUGCAAAAUUGGAUUUUAACGCGGUGCAAAAGCUGCACCAGAGCGAGCUUAGAGAGCUUACAAGGUGGUGGAAGGAUUUGGAUUUCGCGAACAAAUAUCCGUAUGCAAGAAACAGAUUGGUUGAGGUAUACUUUUGGAUGUUAGGAGUGUAUUAUGAGCCUCAGUAUAGUCGUGCCAGAAAAUUUCUAACAAAAGUAAUCAAGAUCGACAGCAUCCUUGAUGACACGUAUGAUGCUUACGGAACCCUCGAUGAACUUGUGCCUUUCACUGAUGCCAUCGAGAGAUGGGACAUCAGUGAGAUCGAUUCAUUACAGCCAUAUCAGAGACCUGCUUAUCAAGCUCUUCUAGACAUUUACGGUGAAAUGGAAGAACAAUUGGUCAAUGAAUGUAAAUCGGACCGCGUAUACUAUGCAAAAAAAGAGAUGCAGAAGUUGGUGAGAGCCUUUCUUAAGGAAGCCCAAUGGUUGAAUGCUGGCUAUACUCCAACUUGUGAGGAGUAUACGAAGAAUGCACUUGUAAGUUGUGGCUAUAUGAUGGGAGCAACAACUUCCUUGGUUGGUAUGGAGGAUUUUAUAUCCCAAGAGAAUUUUGAAUGGAUAACGAACGAGCCUUUGAUAGUUUUAGCUGCAUCAGUAAUUAACAGAGCAAUGUGCGAUAUGACUGGACAUGAAGUUGAACAACAAAGAGCACAUAUAGCUUCAUUUAUUGAAUGCUACAUGAAAGAGUAUGGAGCAUCAAAGGAAGAGGCAUACGUUAAGUUACAGAAGGAUAUCACGAAUGCAUGGAAAGAUAUAAACAAGGAGUUAUUGCGUCCUAAGGAAGUACCAAUGUUUGUCCUCGAACGAGUUUUAAAUUGUGCACGCUCAAUGGACACGAUGUAUAAAGAGGGAGAUGGAUACACAGACUCCAAACGCAAUAUUAAAAACAUGGUUAACUUGUUACUGGUUGAACCUAUCAAAAUAUGAGGAUAAUGAUGCAGAUAUAAUAUAUGCACAUUUGGUGAAGUAUUUGGAGCAAAAUAAGGCAUGUAUGAAUUGAAGUCCUUCUAAUAUAUGAACUGUUAAUUCCUCUUGGGAAUAUCUGAGAGCAAGUUGUCUUUAACUUUAUCAAAGCAAAGAGUAGUUGGACAUG